AUGACUAAAUCAGUCACUCAGGCCAUCUACACAGCAAUGGGGGCGAUGUCAAAUAACCUGACCCAAUCCAUCAACAACGCCAUCAUGGCGUCUGGCCACAACCCCAGAGGCCUCCGCUCCAAGGCCCAAGACGACAAGCCUGCCCCCCUCAGCGGUCGCAAGGCUACUGAAAAGACCCAUCAUAUGGGCAAACAAAUCUCCAAAACUAUUUUUACGGACAGGUUGCGUCCUGUCACUGAUGAGGACAUGGGGCCCCCACGUAAGCGAGCCUCCCGCCGGGCAAAAACGGUGAGGGCAUGGAAAUGGGCUAAAGCCCAGACAGAAAUAUCCGACUCUGAUUCGGACCAAGAGGAGGUGUUGAGCGAGCCAGAAGAGAUGGGCUCGUUGGAAUCGGAGAACUCUUCUCCGGAGCGCAGUUUAACUGGCAAAACCAGCCAACAAGGGCCAAUGAUUCGGUUAUUCUAG